AUGUUUUAUUGGUUUUUCUUUUUAGAUCAAUGCCGUAUCUUAGCAUUUCCAUCCACUCUGUUCUUCGUAGGGGAACGUCUAAUUAACCACACCAUAGCAAACAUCAGUGUGAUUGACAGGGAACUGUGUGAAUAUCGUUGCUACCUGCUCCAUAACUGUGUUAGUGUUAACUUUUAUUUUGGACAAAAUGGAGCAGAAGCACACAACUGUGAACUAAAUAACUCAACGAGUAAAGAACACGAGAGGGAUCUGGUGAAAGCAGCGAGCUACGCAUACCACGGGACGAAUGUGCGAGCUAUUGCAUAUCAAUGUCAAUUCUUUGGCGUUUAG